GUUGCUAAAAUAAGCGGGGAGCGCAGGAGCUUAUCAUGCGCACAUAGUUGCAGCACAUGCAUUAUAUUGUUGGAAGGAAGGAGGCAAAAAAAUAAAAGAGAGAGAAGCCCAAAGGCAAAAAGGGGGCAGUUGAGUCAACUCGGCAGGAUCUUGCUGAGUCGUCAUAACCGAGUACAAAUAUCCCCAAAUCAAAAAAACAAACACACUAAAAAUUCACACACACACACACCAGGUGUGAAAAAAAUGGAGAAGAAAUUGGGAGUCUUCUUUACUACUACUACUAUAGUAACCCGUAUCAACACCACUACCCUGUCUAUCUUCUCUAACCCUAAUACAAACAUCCAAACAGCCCCUUACAUUCCUUUAUUUCUCUCUCUGCGCAAUACAUACUCACCGACCCAUUAUCUCUCGCCCUCGAUUACAUCUUCUAUUCCCCCCUUUUUCAUCUCUCCGCCUCUUCGUUUCUUCUCCGUCGGUCUUGUCGCUAGAGACAAUGAUGAACUAAGUGGCUCCACAUACAUCAACCUGAACGAACAUUUAGUCAGCCUGUGUGUUACCGUUGUUAUUAAAAUCAGUAAUCCUCUAACAUGGAUCAACAAGGGGUUCCUCGAUUGGAGAGUAGUAUAAAAAAGAGAAGAAGUCAAACGUCACGCAGACCUAGACCCGAUGCGCAGCCUGAUCGAUCCCCAGUGUCAUCAACACCUAUUUCAGACGAUAUGGGUAAGGUGUCGAGUGAUGAGAACAUUGGUGAUGGUAACUCAGGGGGGAAAAUGUUCAAUUUGAAUCAGUGUGUAUCUAGGUCCUUACCAGUUAGUGGAACAGAAAGUGGAUCGAAUGCGAUUCUGAGUAAUGGUGUGUGUGAUGGAGCAGGGAGUGAGAGUAAAUUGAGAAAAGUUAAGUUGAAGGUUGGUGGAGUUACUCGCACAAUUCAAACCAAAUCGGGUUCCAAUGGGUCUUUGGUGAAGGCGAAUCAAUCCCCAGAUAAUAAUGCUCAACCACGACAAAGACCGACCCCUCAGGGAAGCUCCGACGAAAGUCACUCUCCACCUAUAGGUAAGAAAGCUGGCUUGCAAGGGAUUCCGUGGAAGGAUUUCAACAAAGGUGGUUUUGGUGUUGUAAAGGAGGAUAUGGGGAGGACAUCAGCAAAGAAUUCUUCCGAGAAGCAAGGCGACAAAUCAGAUUCAGUUCGUAAAAGCAAACGUGUGCCCAAGAGACGAGUUUUAGAUGCGGGAUUUGAUGAAGACGAUGAAGAUGAUGAGAUCCGUUACUUGGAGAAACUUAAAACGUCGAAGAUAAUGGGGUAUAAGGAUCUGGAGGCACAGCCGACCAGAAAACUGCAGAAGGGGGGCAGAUUCGACAAUAUUGAAGAUGUUGGAAAGAGAUCCAGAUCGGGGGGAAAAGAUUUUGAGGAGGAAGAAGAAGUUUCUGAUGAUGAGAAUGAAGGGAGGAAGAAGAGCAGACAAAGGAAAGAUCUGUCGGAGUUACCGACGGAAAACAAGAGGGAAAUGGCUCUUACGAGCCGUCAGAGAGCCCUUUUAAGCAAGGAUGCCCCUUCUGCAUCUGGCGCCGGCCAAAUUGAGUUUCCAAAUGGUUUACCACCGGCUCCGCCUCGAAAGCAAAAGGAGAAACUGACUGAAGUGGAGCAACAGCUGAAGAAGGUGGAGGCUGCUCAGAGGCGGAGAAUGCAGAAUGAGAAAGCAGCUCGCGAAUCAGAGGCAGAGGCAAUCAGAAAAAUACUCGGUCAAGAUUCCAGCAGGAAGAAGAGAGAGGAGAAAAUCAAGAAACGCCAGGAAGAGUUGGCUCAGGGGAAGGCGACGAACGUUCAAAUGCUCUCCACAAACACAAUUAGGACUGUGAUGGGACCCACCGGGACUACCGUCACAUUCCCACAAGACUUGGGCCUGCCUAAAUUUUUCGACACCAAUUGCAAUUAUCCUCCUCCACGUGAGAAGUGUGCGGGUCCAUCUUGUAGCAAUGCUUACAAGUACCGAGAUUCCAAGUCGAAUCUUCCUCUAUGCAGUCUCCAAUGCUACAAGGCCGUUAAUGAAAAGACGCAAACCGAAAAGGCCUGCUAAGUUCGUGCAAGUAAUGGUCUGCACAUAUGAUGUUAUUUUUACAGAGAGGCUGGGCGACACAUUGUCUCCGAUUAUCCUUUCUGCACAAUGUAGAAAGGUUAAGGAAUUUAGGAUAGCUUCUCCUAUGAGCAGGAUGACCUUUCUUUGUUAUCCAUUUAACUCAUCUUUUAUUUGUAUUUUAUUUCCCUAUGGUGGUGGUAUCUUGUAUAUUUAUCCAAGACAUUUGCAGUUUUGUGACCGUUUGUAUUACCGUAGCUAAAUCUGGUGUUUUUUUGGUGCUACACUCGUCAAAUACACUGGUAACGUUGCACCACACAAUUACGCACUUGUGGAUGUGUGUAAAAUGUGAAGUUAUCUCUGGUGUAUCUUACUCUGUGUACUUGACUUGGUGUAGCAUUUGCAAAACCGGUAAAUCUCAUGGUCUCAUUCUCAUAGUUUGUUGAACUUUGGCAAUUUAUAGUGAAGAGAGUAAUUUUACUU